AUGGUAUCCAGAGCCUCCAGAGUACCAUCCAUGGAGGAUUCUCCCGACAGUUUAGACGAUUCCUCAUCUUCCACGCAUCUCUAUAUACAUUCUAGCAAACCCCCAAACACCCAUAGUGCCACAACCAUAACCCGUUACCUCAACCUCACAGACCCUAACAAUCCUUUUCGCCUAGAAAAUGGCGACAACCCUGCAGUGAUUUUAGUUAUGGAUUUCCUCACCAAUGACAACUAUAUUACCUGGUCGCGUGCGAUGAGAAGGCCUCUCCGCGCCAAGAACAAGUUGGGGUUUAUUUCCGACUCACUUCCUCAACCCACUGACCCAAAUGAUCCUCUUCUUUAUCUAUGGAACCAGUACAACGAUAUGGUAGUCUCAUGGCUACAAAACCCCAUUUGCCCUUCCAUCAGAUCCAACAUCGCUUUUGUUGAUGAUGCCCAUGAGAUCUGGCUGGACCUUGAGGAUCGAUUUGUUCAUCAGAACGGCCCACGAAUCUACCAGCUCAAGAAGAACAUAGCUAGCCUUCUCCAAGAAUCUGACACUAUAAGGGUUUAUUACGGCAAGCUAAAAACUCUUUGGGAUGAAUUGUUGAUUUAUGAUCCUGUCCCUGUUUGCACUUCUGGCUCAAUGAAAACAUUAUCCGAUCAUUAUCAACGUGAUUGCGUGUUCAAUUUUUGA